AUGCGCAAGUCAAGCUCGAAGCCGCAAGGGCCCAAAAAGAGGGAGCCUCUUGCCACCACUUUCUCCUGUCUAUUCUGCAACCACGAAAACUCGGUUAUCGUCAAGCUGGAUAAAAAAUUGGGCUUGGGGGAUCUGUCAUGUAAAGUCUGUGGUCAAAAGUUCCAGACUGGCAUCAACUGUGAGUGGAAGCUUACGCUAAAGCACUGUGCUGUGACUGACAAGGAUGAUUUUCAAGAUCUGUCUGCUCCCGUUGAUGUAUACUCGGAUUGGGUAGAUGCCUGCGAUGCAGUUGCGAAGGACACUGCCGACCAAUACGAUGCGCCAAGCACGAGUCAGCCCCGAGGUGUUGGCAAGCAUGACAUACCCGAAGAGACUGGACACGGUGACGCAUACGCAGAUGAUGACUUAAUCGUGCGAUGA